GAGAUAUGGAUUUGAAACUGUACAAGUCAACCACCACCACAAAGCGAACCGAGGUACCACCGAAGCAGUUACGAGUCUUCUCAUAUCCUUCCUCCCAUCUGCCAUCGUCUUUGUUCGAGCUCGUGGUUUUUCACCCUCAUGGAAGGAGCCAUCUCCAGCCCUUCAAACGCGAGGAUUGCCGUCGUCACCGGCGGGAACAAAGGGAUCGGUUUUGAGGUGUGUAGGCAACUAGCCAGCGACGGCGUCACGGUGGUUUUGACGGCCCGGGACGAGACGAGGGGCACGGCGGCCGUGGAGAAGCUCAAAGGGCUGGGGCUCUCCGAUGUCGUCUUCCAUCAGCUGGAGAUCACGGACGCUUCGAGCAUUAUUGGAUUGGCCGGUUUCCUCAAGACCCGCUUUGGGAAGCUAGACAUUCUGGUGAACAAUGCCGCAGUUGGUGGGGUGGAGUACCUCCAAGAACUCGAUACCAACGAGGAAAAGUUCAGUGGCCUGGAUUACCACCAGAGACUCGAAUGGAUGGUGAAAAAUGUCAACGAGACCGUCGAUGGCGCAAAGGAAUGUGUGCAGACAAACUACUACGGCACAAAGCAUGUAAUCGAAGCCCUGCUGCCUCUCCUGCAAUCUUCCUCCGACGGAAGACUGGUGAAUGUCUCCUCCGCUUAUGGAUUACUAACGUUUAUCAACAACGAGGAGGUGAGGCAGGAACUCAACGACAUUGACAGCCUGACAGAGAAGAGGCUUGACGAGCUGCUGGACAAGUUCCUCAAAGAUUUCGAGGCCGGCGCGUUGGAGGCGCGUGGGUGGUCGACCGGGUUCGCGGCAUACAAGAUGGCCAAGGCCGCCAUGAACGCGUACUCGAGGAUCUUGGCGAAUAGGUACCCGGAGCUCCGCGUCAACUGCGCGCACCCAGGCUACGCCAAGACCGACAUGACCAUGAGCUCGGGUGUCCUGACGCCCGAGGAGGGCGCCCGUAACGUGGUGAAGGUGACGCUGCUGCCGGAGGGUGGGCCGACCGGCGUGUACUUCGCCAAGGGCGAGGAGGCGUCGUUUCUGUGAGAUACUUACCGUUGGCCGGCGUUCGACCGCCGCUUACUGCGACAUUGCUUUAGCUAGUUUUGUGUUAGCUACACUGCUUGCUUCAGAUGGAAAUAAUGGUAUCUCACAUUUUCUGUAAUUUCCUGUAAUGGAUGAUAUGCGGUGUAGUCUCAGACCGAGAAAAUUGGUAUUUGCCAUUUCCUGUGACAAGUGAUAUUUCUUUCUUUC